GCGUCACUGUGGCGUUAGAUAGGAGUCCGCUGCCGCUCCUGCCGGUAUGGGCUCGUCUCGCUGCUGCGCUUCGGGCCGGGAGUCGGGACAUAUUCCUUAUCGGUAUUUGUUGCUGAGAGGGAGCUGAUAGGUACGCCGCCCGGGGAUGGCGGAGGCCGGGGCUUCUGCGGCCGAAGCGGUGGCUGAAACAAACCGAGUCGGCGCCGGAGAGGCCGAGCUCCAGAGCCCCGGCUGGAGCGAGUCUCAGUUACGUUCAUACCAGUUCCAGACCCGUCAGAUUCCCCGGUUACAGCACUCCGAUCCCAGGGCAGAAGAGUUAAUCGAUAACGAGGACAUUAGUGUCUGCAAACAAGAUCGGUACAGUGGAACUCUCAUCCCCAGCGUUAAUCGCAGCUUAGAUACAUUGCAGAGAUUUAGUAGAUUCUAUAUCCAAGAGCACUUCCACCCCAUCUGUUCUAAAAAGGAGCCAGUGAUUCUGACUGAUACAAACCUGGUGCACCCAGCUCUAAAGUGGAACUUGGAUUAUCUGAAGGAAAACAUUGGAAAUGGGGACUUCUCUGUGUACAGUGCCAACAGCCACAAGUUUCUCUAUUACGAUGAGAAGAAAAUAGUUAACUUUAAGACGUUUAAGCCAAAGUCCAUUAGACAAGAGAUGAAGUUUCCAGAGUUUGUAGAAAAGCUCAGAGACAUAGAACAGAGAGAGGGUGAAGAGAGGUUAUAUCUACAGCAGACUCUGAAUGAUACCGUUGGCCGGAAAAUUGUGGUGGAUUUUUUGGGUUUUAACUGGAAUUGGAUUAAUAAGCAACAGGCAAAGCAUGGCUGGGGCCAGCUGACUUCCAACUUACUGUUGAUCGGCAUGGAAGGGAACGUGACUCCGGCACAUUAUGACGAGCAGCAAAAUUUCUUUGCCCAGAUUAAGGGAUACAAACGUUGUAUCCUCUUUCCACCCGAACAGUUUGAAUGCCUUUAUCCUUAUCCUGUUCAUCAUCCCUGUGACAGACAGAGCCAGGUGGACUUUGAUAACCCUGAUCUAGAACGGUUUCCUAAUUUCAGGAACGUGGUUGGCUAUGAGACCGUGGUGGGUCCUGGUGAUGUUCUUUAUAUUCCAAUGUACUGGUGGCACCACAUUGAGUCGCUGCUGGAUGGAGGGACAACAAUUACAGUUAAUUUCUGGUACAAGGGUGCACCAACUCCAAAAAGAAUAGAAUACCCUCUGAAGGCACAUCAAAAGGUGGCGAUAAUGAGAAAUAUUGAAAAGAUGCUCGGAGAAGCCCUUGGAAACCCACAGGAGGUUGGUCCUUUGUUAAACACGAUGAUAACUGGACGAUACAACUAAAGAUGGCUUUAAUGAGCAGUGACAAUGUGUGUGUGAGACUGCAGUUGCUUUCUCGAUUCACUUGUGAAAUGACUGACAAGAAAUACAGAAGAUCGGAAGCGCUUAUUUGGCCAACUUAUCUAAAACAAUUGGUUUACACCACUCACUACUGUGUUGAUCUAUAUAUAUAUAUAUAUAUAUAUAUAUAUAUAUAUAUAUAUAUAUAUAUAUAUAUAUAUAUAUAUAUAUAUAUGUGUUUUGUAAUAUAUAUUUUUUUAUUUUUGAAUUUUUUUCUGGUUACUGAAGAGAUAGGGAGGAAAAUGAUAUCAACAAAACAAUGCAACGCCUAAUAUUCUACUUUGCACUCCAUACAGACUGGACUUGAGGGCUCCUCAUCACCCACCGUGUCUACAUGCAAAAUGUGUUUACUGCAUCUAUUCACUCCAUCAAGUACAGUAUCCAUGAUAAACUUGUUUUGCGUUAAUCAAGACAAUCACAUGGAUUCCCUUUAUAAUGAUGACGUGUCCAGUUCUGUGUUUAUAAAAUUGUCCAUAAAUAUGAACUUUUCUGUUUUCAAAAUAUAACUUAUGCCAUAAAAACAGCUUGAAAAAUAAACAGUUAUAUAACAAAAGAAAAACAAAA